UUGAUUGAAAAUCACGCUUAUAUUUUAUAAGAUUUUUUUUUACUUAAGGAUUGCAUAAAAAUCAAAUAAAAUAAAUAGAUAAAUCUGGAUAAAAGGAGAAGAAAAAAGAUUAAAGAUAUGGCUCAUAAAGAUUCAUAUUACAAUCUUGAUAAAAGUUUAGAAUUUGAGAUUAACUUAGCCAAAUUUAGUGACACUAGUAAACAAAAAAAUUAAAAUGAGCAAAAUUAGUAAAAGUUUUAGCUUGAAGAGAGCUUUCCAAUCAGCUUUAAUUCUAAUUAAUAUCAAUAGGGUUCUGACUCAGACUUGAAUAGCACUGCAAUGCCGUCUUCAGAUAAGCAAACACCAGGAUAUCUUUCAUGCAAUGUGUUAUUAGAAAGUAUUCCAAUACAUACAUAUUCUGAUACUCUUAAAAAUACCAGCAAUUAGGGCAAGCUUGCAUAAUAAUUAGAUUUAAAUUUUAAUGCAUAAAAGUUUAAUGAUUCUUCUUAACAAUAAUCAACUGCAUCUUAGUGCGAGAAAGAAGAAAAAUAAGGAAAUUAAUUCUAUAAUUAGGAUAUUUUAGAAAGUUUUCCAAUUCAAGUAAAUUUUUAAAAGGUGGAAGAACAAUAGCUGAAUGAAAAAUCUGUACUGACUAAUGAUUGUUCCUCAAGUGUUUCAACUUAAUCUAAUUUUUCAGAGAAUUAUUUUAAAAACAACAAUAGUAAUCUUCUUAGUUAUUAACCUCAAAGUUAAUAAUAGCUCAGAUAGCAGUCUUAGCAAUCAGAUUAGACUGAACCUAAGGGAAAGCAAAAUAAAUAGCUAUGCAAUAGUACUGGAGGAAUUUAAAACAUCUAGAGAGGCUAAGGACUUGCUGGCACUUAGAUCAUUAAUGAAAUUCAAAAAAGCGAAUCUUCUGAGGAUGAAAGUAUUCCUGCACAAUCUUUUGAUCCUGAUAUCAUCUCAAAUACGAACCAUAAGAAAAACAAGCAAUACAUAUAGAAUUUUGAUCUAAAACUCUUAGACUAAAAUAACAAACCAGCGAAAGUUCUUUAAAGUGAAGGAAAGCAGAAAGUAAUAAUAGGAAGAUAGGCUACAGGUAAGCCAAAUCCUCCUGAUAUAUAAAUCGAUUGCAAUACUGUGAGCGGGAAACAUGCUUAGAUUGUUUGGAAACCAUAAAAAAUAACUUGGUGCUUAUCAGAUGAAGGAUCAACUAAUGGUACCUAUUUAAUAAUAAACAAUUCUCCAAUUAAAGUUGAUGAUGAAAUUAUGAUUGGCUUGCAUUUAGUCAAGGUUGUUAAAAUAACUAAAGAUUUCCCAAUCCAAGUUGAACUACUCUUUGAAAACUCUGUUGAAGAUACUCCACAGUUCACAGUAAUAGGAAAAGUAGAUUUAGGGAUGAAAUUUAUGAUUGGUAAAAAUCAUUAAAAGUAGCUUGAAUCAGAUUUCCUAGUUCAAAAUGAUCAUUGCUUCAUAUUCUUUGAAAAUAAAAAGCUAAAGAUAUAAAACUGUGAAAAUGUUCAAUACAAAACAGCUAAGAAAUUAGAUAAAACAAAAUAAGUUGAUUUAUCAGCCAAUAGCGUUAUAAGGUUUGGCUUUUUUAAUCAAUACUAAUUUACUCCAUACACAAAAGUCUUAGAAGUUACCAUCGAAGUUCCAGGCAUUUAAAAAUAAAGCAGUAAAAAGGAAAAAAAAUGCAGAAUAUGUGGAAAAGAAACUUAAACAUUAUAUACACUAGUCCCUUGUAGUCACGAUUAAUUCUGCUAAUUUUGUGCUCUCUCAUUAGCCACUUGCCCCAUAUGCAAAAAAAAUGUUACUGAUUUUAAUUGA